UCGCUUCCUGCCGGGUCCGGCCGGCGGAAGAAUCCGUCUGAGACUCAUCAGCUCGUGACCCGAAACCUGAUCGUCUCCGUCCGUCUCCUCCUGGGUCGUCCAGCCAGUCGUCCUCCUCUGGACCAACUAGCUCUUCUGCAUCAGUCGUUCCACAGAGAACUCCAUGGACCAAUCACCAUGAGACUCUGCCUGCUCCUCCCCCUCCGACAGUCCCAGCUCCUCCCUCGGCUCUGUCGCUGCUGUCCGGCAGCGCUCUCGUCCAAUGGCAGCGCUGCAUCGUCACGCAGACACCUCAGCACAGACCCUGGCCCCGCCCCCCAGCCUGUGAUUGGCCAGGACUCGGUGGAGGUGCUGGGACAGUCCCACCCCCGAGAUGACUUCACCAACGUGACACCAAAGAUCUUGGCCAAGGUCGGCCGCAACCUGCACAACCAACCACAUCAUCCGCUGUGGCUGAUCAAGGAGCGAAUCAAAGCUCACUUCUACAGUUCCUACAUCGGUCCCCGUGGCAACCCUCUGUUCUCCGUGCACGACAACCUGAGCCCGGUGGUGAGCGUGGAGCAGAACUUCGACAGCUUGCUGAUCCCGCCCACUCACCCCAGCAGGAAGCGAGGAGACAACUACUACCUGAACAGAAAAAUGCUGCUUCGCGCUCACACCUCCGCCCACCAGAGGGAGCUGGUGAAGUCCGGUCUGGAUGCGUUCCUCUUGGCUGGAGACGUGUACCGACGUGACGAGAUCGAUGUCAGUCACUAUCCCGUCUUCCACCAGAUGGAAGGAGUCCGACUCUUCUCCAACCACCAGCUGUUCUCCAAGGUGCAGAACGGCGAGGAUCUGUCUCUGCUGGAGCGCGGCGGCCGGCGGACGCCACAGAAACAGGAAACGCACACGCUGGAGGCCGUGAAGCUGGUGGAGUUCGACCUGAAGCAAACGCUGACCCGACUCGUCACUCACCUGUUUGGAGAAGAUCUGGAGGUCAGGUGGGUCGACUGCUACUUCCCCUUCACUCAUCCCUCCUUCGAGAUGGAGGUGCGUUUCCAGGGUGACUGGUUGGAGGUUCUGGGCUGUGGAGUGAUGGAGCAGGAGCUGCUGAACUCUGCGGGAGCCGGGAACAAGCUGGGCUGGGCCUUCGGUCUCGGGCUGGAGAGACUGGCCAUGGUCCUGUACGGCAUCCAAGACAUCCGUCUGUUCUGGAGUCAGGACGAACGCUUCCUCAAACAGUUCAGAGUCCAGGACGUCCAGCAGCACGUCUGUUUCCAGCCGCUCAGUAAGUACCCCCCCCUCCACAACGACAUCUCCUUCUGGCUGCCCGACAGCAGAGAGAGAGAGGCCGGGCGAGAGAGCUUCUCAGAGAACGACUUCUACGACCUGGUGCGCUCCAUCGGAGGAGACCUGGUGGAGAGAGUGACGCUGGUGGACGAGUUCACACACCCCAAGUCCGGGAGGCGGAGUCAGUGUUACCGCAUCACUUACCGCCACAUGGAGCGAACUCUGACGCAGCAGGAGGUUCGACUCGUCCACGAGCAAAUCGAACGAGCGGCUGAGACGGAGCUGGGAGCGCAGGGCAGAUACUGAGACACACACACACACACACACACACACUCAGACACACACACAGAUCACAAACAGGGACUCGGGGUCAGAGGUCACACACAGAUGAUGGUAGAAUUAACUUUGAGUUUUUCUUCAUUAUUUUGAAACGACGGCGUCUGAGCCUCUACAUGAAGCUGUGGUUUGUAUCUUCAUAUUAAAACAUUAAAUCUGUUUGGUCA